CUUCGCGUCAACAUCCACUUUUCUUUUUAGUAGCACGGUGUAUCUGAAUCUACGAAUAUUGCGGCGACAUUAGAGUCAACUUUGCCAUGACAGAAGAUCAAGAUCUCUUGGCUAAAAUUGGGCAGCUUGCCGGGCAAAUCAACCAGCAUAAAAAUCAGGCUACAUCCUCAACACAUCCAUCCCGUGGUGGAUAUCAUACAUCUUACAGCUCGCACCACCCGCGACAUCACGCGGGAUGGGCUCCCUACCGUGGACGAGGUAGAUAUCCGGGCCCGAGACGGCAUGCAGUUCCUCAUCGAAAUCGAACCCUUGUACUCAGCAACCAGUCUACGCCGCCGGAAAAUGCGAGCGGCAUCCCAUCUGGCAACACGUCAACUGAUGACAUGAAUGAAGGCGAAUCUGGAAGCCAAAAUGGAUGGGUUGCCAAAAGGGACCGCCACAUGCAACUAAUAAAUUCCGCAAUAUAUGAUAAAGAAGCUCAAGCCAGAACCAAAGCUAUCGAGGAGAGCCGCAAGCUCAAAGCCCAGAAAAAGGCACAGCGAGAAGAAGCCAAGGUUUUAAGACAUGUACAGGGCGUUGGCGGAUACCAUCCCGUCGCCACUCCAGUCGUUGGACAACGAGCAGCGUCCUACCAAAUCACCAUACAAGGCAUACCGUUCCAAGUUGUGCAAGGCGGGAGCAAAUUAAUUCGGCUACCUAAUGAACCGUCGGCUGCGAACGUUACUCCUAAGAAGGUGAACAUUGGUGGGGUAAACUUUGUGAGAAGCAAGAAAGGAAACCUGCAUCGUUUAGGAUCGGUGGUUUCAAGAAAAAAAACUGGAGCUGUGAAGAAAAAGAAUGAACUCUGCAAAAGAUUUACUUCGACGGGUUCCUGCUUCAAAGGUCCGAAUUGCACCUAUAUCCACGACCCGCAUAAAGUUGCCAUAUGCAAAGAGUUCCUUCAGACAGGCAAAUGUGUAGCUGGUUUGGCAUGUGACCUCUCACAUGAACCAAGCGCGGAAAGAUCUCCCUCAUGUUUGCAUUUCCUUCGUGGGCGCUGCUCCAAUCCAUCAUGCCGAUAUGCACACGUUCGAGUUAACCCAGGCGCACCUGUGUGUCGCGAUUUCGCGAUUUUGGGCUACUGUAGCAACGGAGAGACCUGUGACCAGCGACACGCCCACGAAUGCCCUGACUAUGCUAACACGGGGAAUUGCGGCAACCGGAAGUGCCAGCUCCCUCACGUGGAUCGGGCAGGCCAAAUCCGCAAAAUUGCAGCUAACAAGCCAGAAGCUACUGAUGAUGGAGACAGAACCGACGACGAAGAUAUCUCUAGCGAUGAAGGAGCUUACGAUGAAAUUGAUUCGGAUGAUGUUGACUCCGAUGAUCUUGACGAUGACCCCGUCAUUAUCACCGAGGGAAUCGACACAGGUGAAAUUUCGCAGCAACAAGAUUUCGUCCGUUUUUCCUAAUAUAGCACCUGAGAGCCGUGGUUAAAAUUGUCCAAUGCUUUUAACAGCUAAAACUGGGAACGAGAUCUCCCUCGUACGUCCGCAAGGGUUAUAUUACUAGGAAGGAAAUUACCGUAAGGCUCAAUUCUUCCAGAAGCCAUUGGCUUCCCCUUAUCCCCCCUCCCCCCUUCUUUUACUCUACCUCAGAAACGCAACGACGGUCGGCGCUCUCUAGUAGAAGUGUAGAAAUAAUGAUGCCAAUUGGCGUAUUUGGUCAUUUUUCUAAACUUCUCUAUCCAAGUUAUCAGUGUCUACCGAACAAUCAUUCAGAGAUGGAACUGUAGACAUCUCUCUGCCUUUGGUCUUUGUUCUUUUACUUUUUUGUUUUGGUUUUUGACAACCCGAGUUUCAUUUGAUUCUUCUUUGGUUUUCCUCUUGUUUUGCAUUUGCUUUGGGCGACGGGAAUAGGAGAUACCCUUGUUCUGCUUCCCCUAUAGCUUUGCUUCCCCUAUAGCUUUGGGGGAUAAAAUAUUAUGGCCCUCGGUGUAAGGCCCUCCCAGAUGAAGUGGCUCGGAUGGUGAAAGAUAGCGAACAGAAAGAAAUGGGAAGAAGAUAUUCUCGGCUCAAGGGUCUUAUCUUUUGAGAAAAGAAAUAAGGAAUCCAACAAACCAACAACCAAUUGAGUAAAACAAUAAUAUAAAACGUGCACUCUAUUCAUGAAUUGGAUACUUUUCACAUGCUCUUGAGAAGUGAUCAGGGGUGGAAGCAGUAUACACGCAGACACCUCACACCCACACCUGGAUUAUAAUUGCCAUCCGUGAUAGGUUGGCAGCUGAGUGCAGGAGGCGAAGAGAUGUCGUCGGAACUGAAAUAUUCUGGAUAUGCUUUGAUUAACAGCUCACGAUUCUUCUUCGCAAGGGGGUUAUUAAAAAUAAAAUUGAAACGUACUAGGGAGGAAGAAGAGGAAGAAAAUGGAUUGAACAAGGGCAACACUAACGACAAGACAACAACACAGAACAUGAGGGGCGCCUUCAAGUUCCCCGUCCCAAUGGUUUUGUUAGUUCUAUUUUGCUACAUCUAUAUUUCUUUCGUCGUUGUUGUCGUCGGGCAGUAACUCGUGCAUAGUGCAUAAUAGUCGAUAUGCAGCCAGCUAUGGGUGUCGCG